AUGACCUCUCGCUACAACGUGUUGUCUGUUGGGUCCCAUCCCAACCUAGCCUUUUACAACUGGCGAUUGUUCAGUUCCAAGACCUGCGACCUCACGGUUGUGAGUCCCACCACAAAGGCCAAUAACACGUUCCAUUGGACCAGUCUCCAGUUUGGCAAUUCCAGGUACUCCUUGUCCACCGUUUAUGAUUCGUUAGACGCCUAUCUGGCACAAACAGAGGCCAACGGAACCAAACUGGCCAAGAUCGACUACAUUUUUGUCUCGGCCGUGUCGUUGCAAGACCUCGCGUCCAUCUUUGGGAAAUUGGUCAACGUGAUUGCCUCCCAACUUGCCGUCAAUAACGUGCCUACUAUAAUUGUCGAAUCCACAAACUUUGUCAACCUGGAACCAUUCGUCAAGCUAUCCAUGCAGCUCGACGUCGAGCUCCCAGUCUUGUCCAUAAUGUCCGACUACGAUAUCCGUCUUGUUGGCGAUAAUAAUUACGAGGUGUACAAGAGCAAAAAGGAAAGCGAUCUUUUGUACGUGGGCCGCAGCGGCACUCAGGACACAUACUCGAAAACAGACAUCCGUCUCAUCAACGAGAUCUCCGACCUGUUUGAGAGCGCCGGAAUCGACGUGUACAAGCUCAGCACCCCACUCGAGUUCCUUUCGUACCAAUGGAAAUUCGCGUUGCCAAAAAUAGCCAUUGAACCACUCUCGAUUUUGUUUGAAAAACCGUUCCCAGACCAGCUCCAGGAACAGAUCCUGGCCAAGCCAUUGAUCUCGGGGCUGAUCUCAGAGAUCAUCUCCGUCAUCAAAACCAUGGGAUGCAAGCUGUUCAAGAGCUACGACAGCGAGUCUUCCCUGCUCCAAAGAAUAGGACAAUUGUACCCGGUGACAAAACUCAGCCCGGACUACUCAGAAGCCCCAAAAUUGUUUUAUGACUUCUACAACCAAAACGAAAUUCAUCUCGACCUGCUUCUGUUGCAGCCGAUCCUCAUUGCUGAUGAUUUCCAUAUCAAAACUCCGUACCUCGAGUUUUUGUAUGCCAUGAUGACCCAAUUCUCUAACAGCAACAUAUCCACUUUGGACAACGAGACUUCCAUCUUCUGGCUACGCAGAAACGCAGACAACAUCAGAAACCUCAAGCUGCAAAGAGACGAGAUCUCCGUCAAGAACGAUCUCAAGGAAAAGGAGAUUGCCGAGUCCAAACUGAGACUUGCUCAGCCAAUUGUCCAACCACCAAUCAUCCCUGCCACCAUCCAGCCGUCUCCCCCAGCUUCCCAGCAAUCCCAGCCAUCACAGGCAGACAGGGGGGCCUUCAACUUCGAGAAUAAGGAGUAUCUUCAACCUCAUGACCAAAGAGCCUACGACAGAGCGUACCAGAACAACUCGGACCCUGCUCUUUCCAACGGCUCGGCCGGUAUGAACGGUUCCAGCGCUAGUGGUGGCGACCAGAACAUUGAGAGCGACUUGGAGGAGCUUUCCCAAAUGGCACACGCCUAUGUCAUUGCUGACCAGCCGCCAGCAGCACAAAACUCCGCUGCCGGUUACCAGCCAAAACCUAUCCCUAGUAUUUAUUCUCAACAGCGUGAGACCCAGCAACUGCCACCAGCGGCACAGCCGUACUACCAGCAGCCAGCUCCGCAGACUCAACAGGCCCAGCAGGCUCAGCAGUACCAGCAAUACCAGCAACAGCAACAGGCUGCUCAACAGGCUCAGUACCAGCAGCAAUAUCAACAAUACCAACAACAGCCGUUCUCUGUGCAACCUGCCCAGCCUGCUCAACCUGUUCCGCCUGCUGCUCCAGGUCCAGAAUACUACAACGGAUCAUCGUCUCCGACCUAUGUUCCGCAACAGGGACUACCACAAGGUCUUCCUUCGCAGGGUCUUCCGAACCAGCAACAGAUCUUCCCUCCUAAAAUGCAAGGUCAGCAGUUCCAGGGUAGAAGACAGUCUGUUCCUCUGUCGUACACCCAGGACAACCUGUCCAUGUUCUCGGGAAUGAAUGGUCAUCAAGGAAACUACGACAAUGGCGAUUUCCAGAGCCACAUGUCUCGCCAGGCAAGCAGACAGUUCAAGCCAACGUCUAGAAAGAACCGCAAGUCCACCACGAUGAUUAACGGACCCAUUCUUGGUAACGAUACCCGUGGAAUGCCUUCCAGACACUCCAUGAUGCCAUCGUACCAGUCUGGAAACGGCUCCUCCAAUACCAUUCCAACCCAACAGUAUACACACAGACAAAGCUCCUCGGGGACUUUGAACACCAUGCCAAGAAGAAGCCAGACUUCCAAUGGACUAGGAAUCAACGGGGCCCAGAAACCUCCAAAGCCUCAACAACAGGUGGUUCCUCCUGUCCAGCCACAGUCGACCGGAGGUGUUCCGCCGCAGGCCCAGCAGUACCCUGCUGCUCCCGUGGCGUCUGCUCCCGUUGCCUCGUUCUCCAGACAGCCUACCCAAACAGGACUGUCUGGCGAAAUAGCUUCAGGAUCAGGCUCUGGAUCGAACUCUAGCUUGCUGGCCUCGCAGCAGGACAGCAAUUUGCGUCCCGUUCCAAAGGCCACUCCGGCUCCAAAUACCCCAGCAUACACUCCUCCUUCAUCCGAGCCAAAAGAGGCCGAGAAGAAGAAGAAGAAGCGCGGCUUCUUUGGCAGAAAGAAGUAA